AAUUCUUAUUUAUUUGAUUUGUUGAUGGUUUUAGGCCAAGGAUAAGCUUGAGAAAUCUAUGGUGGCGGAUAAUGAAUCUGGGAAAAGUAUAGAGAGUGAAGUUAGAACCAGUUCCGGGAUGUUUCUCGGCAAGGGACAGGAUGAAGUAGUUGCUGCCAUCGAAGCUCGGAUUGCUGCUUGGACAUUCCUUCCCAUAGAGAAUGGGGAGUCUAUCCAAAUUUUGCACUAUGAGAAUGGCCAGAAGUACGAACCACAUUUUGAUUACUUCCAUGACAAGGCAAAUCAAAUUAUGGGUGGCCAUCGGAUUGCCACUGUAUUGAUGUAUUUAUCUAAUGUUGAAAAGGGUGGGGAAACCAUUUUCCCCAAUGCUGAGGUAAAGUGUUCAUCACAUUUGUUUCUAUUAUGGCCCAUUCUAAUGAACACCUCUUCUGUCUCCCUCUCUCCCCUUGCACUAACGGGAUUCGAAUCAAAUCUUCCUCAGGCAAAGGAAUCCCAGCCGAAAGAUGAGAGCUGGUCCGAAUGUGCUCACAAAGGAUAUGCAGUAAAACCAGAGAAGGGCGAUGCCCUGUUGUUCUUCAGUCUUCAUCUGGAUGCGACUACCGAUUCCAGAAGCUUGCAUGGAAGCUGCCCGGUGAUCGAGGGUGAAAAAUGGUCUGCAACGAAGUGGAUUCACGUGGCUGACUUUGAAAAACCAAUCAAGAAAUUUGAGAGUGGUGGUGGGGAUUGUGCUGAUCUGAAUGAGAACUGUUCUAGAUGGGCUAGAGUAGGUGAAUGCGAGAAGAACCCUCUUUAUAUGGUUGGUAAUGGUGAUGUCAAAGGGUAUUGUAUGAAGAGCUGCAAUGUUUGCUGAUGAGGGAGUUUGCUAUCACAAUUUUCAUGUAGAGUCACAAAUACAUUGUCAAAUAUAAUGUAUAUUAGUAUAUAUAAUUGGUUUUAGACUUUUAGUUGAACUGCAACAUGGAAUUUAGCUGCAACUUUAUAUAUUGCGGUUUUUUAUACUGGUUUUUCUGGUCUAGCAACUUUUCAAAGGGUAAAGAAAAAACUAAAGGUUUAAAACAUUUUCUAUAUGAAGUGGAUAUUUAUACUGUU